AUGAUACCAAAACAUCGAUUACCUUGCGUUGAAUACAUCAAGAAAUCUUUUGGGAUUUUAAAUCCUUUUCUAAGAUUGUUUUCGUUAAAUUGUGACAGGUUUGAACAAAAAAAGUAUACAGUGUUAUCGAUACUAAGAUUCAUUUUACCGGCUUUUAUUCUUGGGUCCAUUGAUGCUUUGACAUUAUAUUUCAAGAUUUUAUAUACAUAUCACGAUGUGGUGGUCUCGAUAAUGUACACAGAUGCAGUGCAAGUAAUAUUUGAUUUUUUUCAAUAUAUCGUUGAUUUGUAUAUUGUAUAUAGAUGCGGCAAUUCUUUAGAAGAAUAUUACAAAAUAUACGAGAAAUUGGAUGAGGUACUUGGAAUGAAGUACUGUGGAGUUUUGUACGGAAAGCUGCGAAAGAUUCUUAUACUUUACGGCUUUAUAUGGACGAUCAGCUGUGCAGGCGAUUAUUGGGCUUGGCUCGAUUCAUCCGGUUGGAAAACAGCGUCGGCAUUUUCAAUAUCCUACAUUUUUGUCCUGAUAAAAAUUAUAACUAGUCUAGAUAUGACGGUGCAUCUAACGCAUAUAGACUUUCGUCUCCGUGCUAUCGGCGACGCAGCAGAAUCUCUUUGUAAUAAACUGAAAUGUUCAUAUCGGGAAAGAAGCGGUAAUGAAUCUGCUAUAAAAAUAAUUUCAGUUGGAACUACGAAUAGUAAUGUUGAGGUAGUGAAAUGCUUACGUAAAUGCUACGUCUGGGUAAUUGAACUAGCAGGGUUCGUCAAUCAAGCGUUCGGAACAAGGGUCCUUCUGAACACCCUCAGUAUAUUGAUUGAUAUAAUACGAUUUACAAAUAUUGCUGCCAGGAUAUUGCUUGGAUCACAGCACCUACAUAGAAAUGCGACGGGUAUCUUCCCGGUGGUGUCAACAUUAAUGAGGCUAUUUACUUGCGUGAUUAUCGUUGGCAGCCUUGCUAGACAUUGUGAACUGGUGUAUGGGCAACGGGAGAGAUUUAUCAAUAUAAUCGAUCACGCACUUGUCUUCAAUGAACCCAGUGAUGAUGUAAAAUCAGCUUUAAACGAACUCCGUCUCCUCACACAACAUAGACCAGUGGAAUUCUGCAUGUCCAACCUAGUUCGUAUCGACUACUCACUAUUGGGAUCCAUGACUUCGAUAGUCGUAACUUAUACAAUUAUAUUAUUACAAAAUGUUAAUUAG